GGAAAAACACGAGAGCAGGCUCGAGCGGAGGAGCGCGCAUCGCGCAGGGCUGCACGCACAGAGGAGACGUAGCUGCGACACUGCUGGCGAGGCGAAGACGCGUCUACGGCCGAGAGGAUGCAGUGAAGGAGCCUCAAUUUCCCAGCUAAUUUACGCCGGUGCGCCACGGCAACUAUAAGAAAAAUAACGACGAAAAUGAGCGUGGUCAAGGCCGGGCACGACGGCAGGGUCGACGGCGGCAGAGGCAGCCACACCGCCAGCGGCGGCGGCUCCCCGAGGCUCCAGCAGUGCGCUCAGCCUCCCAACAACAGCAGCGGCAGCAGCAGCAGCAGCAGCAGCAGCAGCAGCAGCAGCCGGACCAAAGAUGCCAGAUACCAGCAACAGCUCCAGCAGCAGAGGCAUCAUGGAGGAUCGAUGCUUAAACAACCAUCACUCAACGAGCCAGCCGACGUCGUGAGACGGGCUCUGGACUUCAAGUGCCAAGGGACCCAGUGUUACAAGGAUAAGAAGUACCGAGAGGCGAUUGGCAAGUAUCACCGCGCUCUGCUGGAGAUUAAGGGGCUGUGUAGGGUGCUGGGGGAUCCGGACACCAGCUCCAAGCCCCCGUCCCCCCUCCUACCAACCAUCAGCAAGUCCAGCACGCUGACAGAUGAGCAGAAGGGGGCCAUGGAGAAUGCAGAGCUGGAGUGUUACAACAGCUUGGCCGCCUGCCUGCUGCAAAUGGAGCUGGUGAACUAUGAACGGGUAAAGGAAUACUGUCUGAAAGUGCUUCACAAAGAAGGGAAGAACUUCAAAGCUCUGUACCGAUCCGGCGUGGCCUACUACCACCUAGGAGACUUCCAGAAGGCCCUGUACUACCUUAAGGAGUCACACAAACAGGAACCAUCAGACACCAAUGCCAUCCGCUACAUCCAGCUGACAGAGAUGAAGAUUCGCCGGAAUGCCCAAAGGGAAAAGAAAGAGGCGACAUAAGCACUGGCUGUGUGAUGACUUCUCAGCCGCCGUACGUUCCAGCCCUACUGUGUGCCACCCAGACCUUACACACCAUGAUUCAGAGGUCUUGGUGUGAAACCAUAUUUGUUUGCUUUUGCCUUGCACAGCAUCCGGUUUCCAGUUAUGUGAUUGAACUUCAUCGUUGUGUGCUUGAAGCAUUUAAAAAAAAAAAACCCAUCAGUACCCGAUUCUGAGUUUCUGUCUCCAAACUGAUAAAUGUAUCUAGUAUGAAUCCAUCCCAAGUAUUUUUUACCCAUUACAAACAGAUGCACUGCCAGUCCAAACAUUGCACAUACAGGCCAACACUUGUGAUAAGAGACAGGAGCAACAAGUUCCAUAGUGAGUCCAGCAUGUCUGCAGGCGAGUGUUAACUGUAAAUUAGCACGUGCCCUCGCUCAAGAUGUCUCUCGAAUGGCAUGGAGUAAAUGAGUAACAACCACCUACACCGCCAUACUUUGAUUUUGAAAGUACAACAAUAGAAACAUUUUUUUUUUUUUUUACAUCUCUCUCGAUUAUAUCUGAAGCAAAGGUGCUUUCAUUGAGUAGGUUCCUAACUCAAAAUGUGUAGGCAAGGACAUCAAGAGCACAUGGGUGCUAAUUGCAGUAUGAACGUAAGAGACAUAUCACAAAAUGUACUGUAAAUAGGCUACUUUAUAUAAAUCAUGAAAAAUGUAAUGGAGAGACAAGCUAUGUGUUUAUUGAUGCCAAAACAAAGCACUUCAUUCACAGCAUUUACUGUAUCAACAAUUACUCUAUGUUUACUGUAAAGGUAUGCGUGUAACAAAUGUGUCUAUUGAUUGAAGUACUUUUUUGUUGUGAUGCAGCAGUGGAUUUCCCUUCAAUUUUUCAUGUUCAUUUUUCUCCUAUGUUCCUUAAAAAAAAAAAGCUAAAAUAGAUCUACGGAGAAAUGCUGAUGAAAGCACAUGUGUAAAUAAAUAAGUGAACCAAA